AAUUCAAGAAUACUAGCUCGAGUCCCGGCAUAUGUUGUCCCAAACAUAUUGCCCUUUCAAUUUCAUCCAAUAAUGCUUGUGUGUGAAUGGUCUGUUAUCUGACUUGUAAUACAUCACGACAGCGCGUCUACACUACACAACAUGUAGAGCAACAACGAGUGAAAGAAUCAAUCAACAUGUAGAGUAAGAAGAAGCAAACUUACGAUCUUCAUGGUUGAUGCACGCAAUGGCCGCAUUGCCUCUAGGCAAUCAACCGCGCCACAAUACUUCACGACGGAGCUCUGGAUGGUGUAUAAUCGAUACGCUAAGGACUUGACACUACGUUCUUAGAGAAUGAUGUGCAUGCCAUAGGGCACAAUGCGCUUUCGCGCAUGAAACGAACCCAUGCAAUGCACCUGUUGCCAAAAGACCCACUUCUGCUCCUGCCUACGAAGUACACAGAUACAACCAACCACGCAUCACACAACUCCUCCUUCACCGAGUACCCUGACAUCCUUCUUACUCUAAAAAUGACAUGAAGUUCUAAAAUGAACUCAAUGACAUUUGACCAAACACCUGUCGGGCGUGGUGUCCGCCAUGGACAGUGUCUACAUGGGGGCAAAUGGUACAUGGCUGCGGAUGAAUCCUGAGUGGACGACACCGUUCUACUAGACAAGUAGGCACGUUGGCAGGAGUUGAGGACGUUCGAUAAUGUCUGGGUGGCAAUCAGAUAGGUACAAUGGCGACAUCGGAGGAGGAGGGUGUGGAUGCAAAACAGGGGGGAGUGGAAGAGAAUGGGACUGGGAGGGAGGAUUUGAGUCGGCCGAGGGUGUUGGAAGUCCCACGUGGUGGCGGCGGUCCAGACUCCCGCAAUCCCCUUCCCCGCUCCCAAUUUACGGGAAAAGUACACCCGGGGCGCCGAGCGAACCGAUAUAGGAGCGUAUUGGAUGGCAAAACAUGUUUGGACCGUGCGGUCCGGACGGGUGCCGGUGGUUUGACGGUCCGCGUUGGAGAUGCCCUAAGGACACUGGAGUAUGUUGUGUACACCAAAUAUGAGGAAUAAUUUCCUUUUUGAUGAAAGCAUGUUAGAAGAAAAGCAAGAUGGAGAUGCUUGUGAAACAGAAUAUCAUGUCACAUAGGACAUGAAUUUCAAAUAAAUAUCAUUCACCAAAGAAGCAAAUUCUCUAAUAAAGAAAAGUAUAAAUUAAUUUGUUGUCAAACGAAGCUACCUAAUACACAAUAUUACUAACAAGGUAGAAGAAUGAAUUAGUUGCAUUGGAUGGAAAAGUGGAAGCACGAAUUAAUUGUAUUGGAUGCAAAUUUGAAUAAUUAUGGUAAAAUGUUUUGCUACGUACGGGCAUCUUCAACGUUGACUAGUAAAUUUGCUUCGGUAUCCUUCCGUGGACAAGAGACUAGUUCGCGGACAUGAAUGUUGGAGCCGGCCAUCCAACACUGCCCACAUACAUCUCAAGUCAGAUUUUGACUUAGCAGAUGAAAUUCAUGCAAACCAGCUAUUCAUCAAAGUUCGGAAAGAAAAUAGCACAAAUCAUCUAUACAUAGCAUGCAAAUAAGUCUAGUACAACCAUGUCUCAAAUUUGAUGUCCAACAAGUUUUUAAGCGGAUCAUGUCGUCCCACACAUACUGUCCCUCCAUCUUCACCCAAUAGUGUGUGUACGUAAAUGGUCUUCCCUCAUUUCUGUGGUACAUCACUACAACACGUACGGGCUACACAACGUGCAAAAGAAUAUUGAGUGAAUGAAUGAUUCAAUCAACAAGUUGUGGAAGGAGAAGCAAAACUUGCGUGCAAUGACCACCUUGACUCCAGCUGAGCAACUACAUGACAAAACUUGGUGACGAUGGUCUGGAUGGCGUACCAUCGAUACGAUAUUGACCUCACAUUGCGAUCAUGGGUGAUAUGCAUGUCGCAGGACGCAAUGUGCUUUCGUGCAUGAAACAAUUCAUGCACUUGCUACCAGAAGGUCAUCCCUCUGCUCUUGCCUACGAAAUCCGCGGAUACGACCAACCACGCAUCGCACAACAACUCAUCCCCAUGGUCGAGUACCCCGCAAUCCUUCUUACUCUGAAAAAUCAACAUGACGUUCGAAAAUAAGCUCAAUUACAUUUGACCGAACACUUGCGGACGUGGUGGCCGCCAUGGAGGUCGUCGACAUGGUGGCAGAGUGUACCUGGGUACAAACGGCUCCAAGGGGGAUAGUGCCAUCGUAAAAGGCGAGCGGGCGCGUCGGUGUUGAUUGUGAACGUCCAACAAUGCUUGUGUGGCGGCCGAAGAGGUACAACGGCGGCGAGGUGGAGAGUGCAGAUGCAAAGCAAAGGGAAGAAGUGGCGGAGUGAAAGAAAAUUGGACCGGAAGGACGGAUUUAGUGGGCCUGAGGUGUCGGAGUCCAACUGUUGUCCGGACUCCGGCAACCCACCCCCAGUUUAUCUCCACAUUGCAGGAGAAAGCGCGUCCGGACCGCCGAGCGAACCGAUACAGGACUGCGUUGUAUGGCUUCCGCGGUCCGGACCGCGGGGUCCAGACGUAUGCGGGCGGUUUGAGGAUUGGUGUUGGAGAUGCCCUAAGAAAAUCUGUAAUUGUUGUGAUGAAUUUAUUUUCUGUAUUUGUUUGUUGGAAGCAAUCACAGACUUAAAAAACGAAAAUAGAGUUUUCAAUGUAUUUAUUAUGGGAACCAUCAAUUUCUAUAUUUCAUGGCAGCAAAUCAUGACUUACCAAAAACAACAGAAAAUGGAGAUGCGUAAUUUUUGGAAAGCAGUUUUCAAUUUGGACCGCUAUCUCGCCAUCCGCUGGUACCCGCUUACCAAAAACAACAAAAACAACAGUGUUCAAGGCGGCUCACCCGCUGCUACCCGCUAAUCUCCAAUCCACAUCGCCAUCGGCGCCCCACGCCCACGAUCUAGCCGAGCUCUUCUCCUCUCUCGUGCGGCGGGCCGACAUGUCUUCGGCCCCGCCGCCCGGUGCGCGCGAGCCCGCCGACGGCAAGGACGGCGAGGCGAGGCCCCGCUCGCAGGCGUGGUUACGCCGCUUGAUCGACACGGAGGAGGCAUGGGCGCAGCUGCGGUUCGCGGUGCCGAUGGUCCUGACCAACAUGUCCUACUACGGCAUCCCGCUGGUGUCCGUGAUGUUCUCCGGCCACCUCGGCAACGUCGACCUCGCCGGCGCCACGCUCGGCAACUCCUGGGCCACCGUCACCGGCUACGCCUUCGUCACCGGUAUGAGCGGCGCCCUGGAGACGCUAUGCGGGCAGGCCUAUGGCGCCCAACUAUACCGCAUGCUAGGACUGUACCUGCAGUCGUCGCUCAUCAUGUCGGCGGUGGUGUCCGUGGCCAUCGCCGUCAUCUGGCUGUUCACGGAGCCGCUGCUUCUGUGCCUGCGUCAGGAGCCCGAGGUGUCCCGCGCCGCCGCGGUGUUCAUUCGGUACCAGAUCCCCGGCCUGUUUGCCUUCUCCUUCCUGCAGUGCCUUCUGCGGUACCUGCAGACGCAGUCUGUUGUCGUGCCGCUCGUCGUCUGCUCCGUGGUCCCAUUCGUGGUCCACGUCCCGCUGAACUACCUUCUGGUGAACGUGCUCGGCUUUGGCCUCGCCGGCGCAUCUGCCGCCAUCUCCACCACCUUCUGGUUCUCCUGCCUGAUGCUGCUUGGGUACGUGAUGUGGUCCAAGAAGUUUAGCGAGACGUGGAAGGGCUUCUCCCCCGACGCGUUCAACUAUGUGCUGCCGACGAUCAAGCUCGCCACACCCUCCGCCAUCAUGGUUUGCUUGGAGUACUGGGCGUUUGAGCUUCUGGUUCUUAUCGCGGGCCUGCUACCGAAUUCCACAGUGAGCACGUCAUUGAUCGCCAUGUGCGCGAGCACGGAGGCGAUUGCCUAUAUGAUCACCUACGGAUUCAGUGCCGCUGUAAGCACCCGGGUGUCGAAUGAGAUCGGAGCUGGGAACGUCGACAUGGCGAAGAAUGCGGUCGCGGUGACGCUGAAGUUGUCGGUGUUCCUCGCUUUCUCCUUCGUCCUGCUGCUGGGCUUCGGCCACGGCCUUUGGGCGAGGCUCUUCAGCGGGAGUGAGGUGAUUGCGGCAGAAUUCGCGGCCAUCACCCCGCUCGUGAUGGUAUCGAUCGUGCUCGACUCCGCGCAGGGCGUGCUGUCAGGGGUGGCGAGGGGCUGCGGAUGGCAGCACCUGGCGGCAAUAACGAACCUUGUGGCGUUCUACUUCAUCGGCAUGUCGUUGGCCAUCCUCUUUGCCUUCAAGCUCAACUUCUACACCAAGGGUUUAUGGUCGGGUCUGAUCUGCGGGCUGACUUGCCAAACCAUCACGCUGGUGGUGAUCACCGCCCGCACGAAAUGGUCCAAGAUCGCGGAUGCGAUGCAGCAAGAGAAGGCCAACUAUGUCGCUUGAUCGAUAAUAUUGUUUGUGGCUAGCACUUGUAUGUAUGGGGUUUUGUGAGAUGGCCAGAGGGUGCGAUGCUUGAGCUGUUGUUUAGCCUUAUGAAGUAAGCUAUAGCUUUUUUGACCGUGUACUUCGAGGCAAUUUAUGUCUCAGAAAGAUCGAACCUGUAAUGGCAAUUAACCAGAGAGUAUACAGGAGAAGCAUACGUACCGGGCCGUCGAUGCUCCACCCUCCCAACCGCACCCAUGGUCAUGGAUGUUCA